AUGUCCGCAACACCUUUAGCCCCUCCUCCCGUUAGCCCGCUCGCCCGGUAUCGCUUGCUGUCGCCGAAUGCUGCCGUAAAAGUCAGUCCUCUAUGUCUGAGCACAAUGAGCUUCGGGAACGCAUGGAAGGACCAGAUGGGAGACCGUAGCCAGCGUGAAGUCGAGGCUCUUCUUGACUACUUUUACUCUCAGGAAUCGGAGCAAUGGGUCGGCGACUGGAUGAGAAAACGAGGUGUUCGUGGCCAAAUGGUCAUCGCGACCAAGUACACAACCAACUUUGUGGCUGGGCCAGCACACCCUCCUAUCAUGGCCAAUUACGCAGGCAACGGAACCAAAAGCCUAAUACAGUCGGUUGAAUCAAGUUUGAAGAAUCUUCAAACGAGCUACAUUGACGUGUGGGACUACAGCACCUCCAUUGCGGAACUGAUGCAGUCUCUCAACCAUCUCGUUGCCAUGGGGAAAGUUCUAUAUCUAGGUGCCAGUAACACGCCUGCCUGGGUCGCAAAUGAGUACGCCAGGCACCAUGGCCUUCGUCAAUUUUCCGUUUAUCAGGGUCUGUGGUCUGCGACCUGUCGUGAUUUGGAACGCGAUGUUGUUCCAAUGUGCAAGAGCGAAGGUAUGGGGAUCACGCCUUGGGGGGCGCUUGGGAAAGGGAAGUCCAAAAUGGCAGAACAGCGACGAUACGAAGAUGGCCUUUAUUCCAACUUCAACGAUCCUGAAGUGAAGAUAUGUAAGACAAUGGAGGAUCUUGCAAUUCAGCUCGACACCACCUUGACGUGCAUCGCACUGUCAUAUAUCAUACACAAAGCGCCAUACGUAUUCCCAGUGAUCGCGGCACGGGGGAUCAAUCACCUGAAAGAAUAUAUCCAAGCCCUCGUCGUUAAGCUUGAUCCAGAAAAUAUCAAGGCGGUUGAUUCAGCAAUCCCUUUUGAUCUAGGCUUUCCCCAUUCUUUACUUUGGAAAAAUGACAUCCCUGAGACUCCCCAGAAUGUCAGCUUCUUGGAAAUGGCGGGCACAUUCGACUUCGUUCCAGAACCGGCACCUAUCACCGCGCCAAUGGCUAGAACCGACGAAUAUAAUAGACAUGGUUUCGCAGCCAGAAGAGCCCCAAACCUAAGGUUUUCAAAACCUCGCGGCAGAAUGUAG